CCGCCUGCACGGCGUUCCAGAACGCCUACAUCGCCCGGACGGGGCGGACCGACACGCGGACACGCGCCACGCCACUGCAGUACUUUUAGUUUCCCCGUCGCGUCGCCAUGGUGGACGCCAAGUCCGUGACGAAGGUGUCCAAGGGCGUGGAGCGCGGCCAUAUCCUGUGCUGCUGCGCCGUGGUGUUCGUGUGCUUCAUGCUCACGUGCCUCAACCUCUACAUGUUGUCCAGCACGCGCGCCGUGCUCCGCCACCUGGACUCGCGCCUCGACGCGCACCCUCGCUUCGGCGCGCUGCAGCGCCAGCAAGUGCAGCAGUCCCCGGAGGAGGCGGCCGCCGCCGCCGCGGCCCUGCUGCUGCAGCAGCAGCCGAUGCAGCUCCAGCAGGCCGAGGGCGCCGACGACUUCAUCCUGCUCGCGCCCAGCGACCUGGACAACGCCUGGACCACGCAGACGGGCCGCCUGCUGGUGCCCGUCGGCCAGCCCGAGGAGGACGACGACGGCUGGAAGCAGAUGCAGGUGCAGCUGGCGGAGCAGAGCAAAGCCCAGCAGCAGCACAUCGAGAACCUCCACGACAAGCUCAACGACCAGUACCGCGCGCGCGAGGAGCUGCAGCGUGACCAGCAAGACCUGCUGCGCGAGCACCACGAGCUGGCCAUGCAGCACCAGCGCCAGAUGGCCAAGAAGGACCGCAAGCUGCUCAAGGAAAAGCACCGCGCGAUGCACCAGGGCGCCAAGCACAAGGACCAGCUGCGUCGCUACCAGUCCGAGAUGGAGGACCUCAAGAAGGUGGUGGAGGAGGUGCAGUCCCUGGACCCCGCCCGCGCCGCCGAGCCCGCCCCGACCGCCGCGACGGCCGUGAAGGCGCCCGCCGACAGCAUCUCCGUGGACGCCGUGGUCACCACACUGGAACAGAAGAACGGCGGCGAGCCGGUCGUCAACAAGACGGAGACCGUGAUGCAGAUGGCGGUGCCCGUCGAGGCCGAGACGGAGCCCAGCAGCUCCCUGGAGCACAUCUUCAGCGCCGUGUUCGGCCCCAACCCGGGCACCUACUUCUUCCCCAGCUACACCGUGGGCGCCGACGAGGUGGAGAAGUCCUCCCGCGCCAAGCGCGACCUGGCCGACGUGGCCGCGGACAUGAAGGACCGCCGCGAGCGCCGCCUGGCCAGGCUGGCGUCCAGGUCGUCCAGGUUCGGCAGCCGCCGCCGCCGCCACAACCAGGCGGACUCCGGGCCGCUGAUGCGCAUCGACGACGGCCAGCUCGUGCCGCUGGUGGAGACCCCCGUGGUGCGGGACGACGGGCAGGGGGCACGCCGUCGACGCCUCGCCAAGCACCGCGGGUAGGCGGCCCGACGACGCCACACAGUGAGCCAGAAGACCUGCGCCGGCGGCCAAAAUUCUAGACGCGUUUUGAGCUCCAGAGUCGCUAAACAGGACUUGGACAGAACAUGUGACCCCACCAAUGGAUUCCUCGUUCAGAGAGCAAUCCAUUGGUGAGGUCACACGUCCGGCUCGAGUCCCAUAGACUCUGGAGCUCUAAAAGCGUCCGGAAUUUUGGCCGCCUCCGCCGGUCCUCUGGUCCACUGUGCGCCACGAGGACGGAUACGACCUCGGACACGACGGACUCACAUCACGGACCACGACGAGUCGACUUAGUUUAGGACUAAUCAUCGGACGCACGCUUUGGUUUUAUUUUUGUUUACCUCGCUGUUGACGAUAACCUACUUAACCUGUGACCUGAGUGCUCUUGACACGAAGUGACAAGACUGCAGUGACCAAGACUGUUACGCAACUGGACCGUGACUUAUCCC